AUGUCUCCUGCGAUUUCUGCCCUAUGAGAAAAAGGGAAAGCUAAGGAUGCUGGAGCAGAACAAUGGAUUUCUCUUUCUCUUUCAUGCAAGGGAUCAUGGGAAACACAAUUCAGCAACCACCUCAACUCAUUGACUCGGCCAACAUCCGCCAGGAGGAUGCCUUUGAUGCCAGCAGUGACAUCGCUGAAGAUGGUGGACAAACGCCAUAUGAAACUGCCCUGCAGCAAGGCUUUCAAUACCCGCCACCGACAACAGAGGAUCUUCCACCGAUCACUAAUGGCUAUCCACCAACAAUCAACAUGUACGAACCUCAAGCCAAAUAUCAGACAUACAACCAGUAUCCUAAUGGUUCGGCCAACGGCUUUGGCACAGUUAGAAACUUUAGCCCGCCAGAGUAUUACCAAAUGGACAACUCUAAUGCAAGGCCGCAUGAAGUUCUGGAAAAACCUUCACCCCCACAACCGCCCCCACCACCUCCUCCUUCUGUACCACAAACGGUGAUUCCAAAGAAGACUGGCUCACCAGAAAUUAAAUUAAAAAUAACCAAAACUAUCCAGAAUGGCAGGGAAUUGUUCGAGUCCUCUCUGUGUGGGGACCUCUUAAAUGAAGUCCAAGCGAGUGAGUAUGCUAAGACGAAACAUGAAGGGAGAAAGGAAAAAAGGAAAAAAAGUAGCAAGCACGACUCUUCCCGAUCGGAAGAGCGCAAGUCGCACAAAAUUCCAAAACUAGAACCAGAGGAACAAAACAGACCAAAUGAGAGGCUUAGCACACUACCGGAGAGACCAAGAGAAGAUGCGAUAAUCUUGGAGGAAACCCCGGUCCAGCAGUUAUUACCGUCUCUUCCAACAAAGGUCACAAACGAUAUCAAGUUUCAGAUUGGCGAUCUGGUGUGGUCCAAGGUGGGGACUUAUCCUUGGUGGCCUUGCAUGGUUUCAUGCGAUCCACAGCUUGAGGUUCAUACCAAAAUUAAUACGAGAGGUGCCCGUGAAUACCAUGUUCAGUUUUUUAGCAAUCAGCCUGAGAGGGCAUGGGUGCAUGAGAAGCGGGUUCGAGAGUACAAGGGACACAAACAGUAUGAGCAGUUAUUGGCUGAGGCCGCUAAGCAAGCCAGCAACCACUCGGAGAAGCAGAAGAUUCGCAAACCAAGGCCACAGAGAGAGCGUGCUCAGUGGGAUAUUGGUAUUGCCCAUGCUGAGAAAGCAUUGAAAAUGACCCGAGAAGAAAGGAUAGAGCAGUACACCUUCAUUUAUGUAGAUAAAGAGCCGGAGGAGGCUUUGCCCAAAGCCAAAAAGACUGCUGCCUCUAAAACAGAGGCUAAAAAGACUCGGCGCCCUAAGCCAACAGUGAACACUCAGCCAGAGCAGACCAAUGUGGUAACAACCUCACCCUCAAUAUCAAAUACUGAGGUGCGAAGGCAAAGUCAAAGGAGGCAGUCGAGCGUGGAAGAAGAGGAGCCGCCUCCUGUGAAAAUAGCAUGGAAAACAGCUGCGGCUAGAAAAUCCUUGCCAGCUUCAAUAACCAUGCACAAGGGAAGCUUGGAUCUCCAGAAAUGUAACAUGUCUCCGGUGGUUAAAAUCGAACAGGUUUUUGCUCUUCAGAAUGCUGCUGGGGAUGGAAAACUCAUUGAUCAGUUUGUGUACUCGACCAAGGGUAUUGGUAACAAAACUGAAAUAAGCAUCAAGGGGCAAGACAAGCUUAAUUCCACAUCAAACCAGAGAAACGAGAAAGCAACUGCACAAAAUGUAUCCUCUCCUGAAACAACUUCUGGGUCAACAGGUUCUGUAGAAAAGAAACAACAGAGAAGAUCGAUUAGAACGCGCUCAGAGUCUGAGAAAUCCACCGAAGUUGUGCCAAAGAAGAAGAUCAAAAAGGAGCAGGUUGAAAUGGUUCCACAGACAGCAGUGAAGACUGGAUUACAGAAAGGUGCCAGCGAGAUUUCAGAUUCUUGUAAACCUCUAAAGAAAAGGAGUCGUGCCUCAACUGACGUAGAACUGACUAGCUCAGUGUACAGAGAUACGUCUGACUCUGAUUCCAGAGGACUGAAUGAUCUGCAGGGUAGCUUUGGAAAAAACUCAGACAGCCCAUCAGCUGCUGCAGAUGCUGAUGCUUCUGAUGUGCAGUCAGUAGAUUCUAGCUUAUCAAGAAGAGGCACCGGAACAAAUAAGAAGGAUACGGUUUGUCAGAUCUGUGAGAGCUCUGGUGAGUCUUUGGUGUCCUGCGAAGGAGAAUGCUGCAGUGUCUUUCACAUGGAGUGCCUGGGGCUGACAUCAAUACCUGACGGGAAGUUCGUCUGCACAGAGUGUAAAAAUGGUGAACAUACAUGCUUUUCCUGCAAGAUUCCUGGCAAAGAUGUGAAGCGGUGUUCUGUCAGCACCUGUGGUAAAUUUUAUCAUGAGGCCUGCGUUCGUAAGUUUGCCACUGCUGUCUUUGAGUCACGAGGAUUUCGUUGCCCACAGCAUUGCUGUACUGCCUGCUCCAUGGAUAAGGACCUCCACAAAGCAAGUAAAGGUCGUAUGGUGAGAUGUUUGAGAUGUCCCAUUGCCUAUCACUCAGGAGAUGGCUGUAUUGCUGCAGGAAGCUUGUUUGUGUCAUCCCACAUUCUCAUCUGUAGUAACCAUUCCAAAAGGAAUCACUCUUCAUCAGCUGUAAAUGUAGGCUUUUGUUUCGUUUGUGCAAGAGGGCUGGUAGUGCAGGAUCAUUCAGACCCCCUGUUCAGUUCAUAUGCCUAUAAGUCCCACUACCUACUGAAUGAAUCAAAUCGUGCUGAGUUGAUGAAAUUACCUAUGAUUCCUCCUCCUUCGUCAGCUUCCAAAAAGAAAUGUGAGAAAGGUGGAAAACUCUUGUGCUGUGAGUCCUGUCCAGCCUCCUUUCAUCCUGAAUGUCUCAACCUAGAAAUGCCAGAAGGAUGCUGGAAUUGCAAUGAUUGUAAAGCUGGCAAGAAGCUACAUUACAAGCAGAUUGUUUGGGUCAAGCUUGGAAAUUACAGGUGGUGGCCAGCUGAGAUCUGCAAUCCCAGGUCUGUGCCUCUCAACAUACAGGGCCUCAAACAUGAUAUCGGGGACUUCCCAGUAUUUUUCUUUGGUUCACAUGACUACUAUUGGGUACACCAGGGCAGAGUUUUCCCUUAUGUUGAAGGAGAUAAAAGCUUUGCUGAGGGGCAAACUAGUAUUAACAAGACCUUCAAGAAAGCACUUGAAGAAGCUGCAAAACGCUUCCAGGAGCUGAAAGCACAAAGAGAAAAAAGCAAAGAAGCACUAGAGAAUGAAAGGAAUUCAAGAAAACCCCCACCCUACAAGCAUAUUAAAUCAAACAAAGUAAUAGGGAAGGUUCAGAUUCAAGUUGCUGAUUUGUCAGAAAUCCCUCGCUGUAACUGCAAGCCGUCUGAUGAAAACCCCUGUGGUCUAGAGUCAGAAUGCCUGAACAGGAUGCUGCAGUACGAGUGCCAUCCCCAAGUUUGCCCAGCAGGAGAGCGCUGUCAGAACCAGUGCUUCACCAAAAGACUCUAUCCAGAAGCUGAAAUCAUCAAAACCGAUCGCCGUGGCUGGGGUCUCAGGACAAAAAGGAACAUUAAAAAGGGUGAAUUUGUAAAUGAGUAUGUUGGCGAAUUAAUUGAUGAAGAAGAAUGCAGAUUGCGAAUCAAACGUGCCCAUGAGAACAGCGUAACCAAUUUUUAUAUGUUAACUGUUACAAAGGACCGGAUAAUAGAUGCUGGCCCAAAGGGGAAUUAUUCUCGCUUUAUGAACCACAGUUGUAAUCCAAACUGUGAAACACAGAAGUGGACAGUGAACGGGGAUAUUAGAGUUGGACUCUUUGCUCUUUGUGAUAUUCCCGCAGGUAUGGAGUUAACAUUUAAUUAUAAUUUGGACUGCCUGGGCAAUGGGCGGACCGAAUGCCACUGUGGGGCAGAAAACUGCAGUGGCUUCCUCGGAGUACGCCCAAAGACGGCAUUUGCAACAGCAAAUGAAGAGAAGGUGAAGAACGCCAAGCUGAAGCAGAAGAAACGGAAAAUAAAAACUGAGCAGAAGCAGAUGCAUGAAGACAACUGCUUCCAGUGUGGAGAUGGAGGAGAACUGGUCAUGUGUGAUAAAAAGGACUGUCCCAAAGCAUACCACCUCCUAUGCCUUAACUUGACUCAACCACCGUUUGGAAAGUGGGAAUGUCCUUGGCAUCAGUGUGACAUCUGUGGCAAUCCUGCCAUUUCCUUCUGUGAGUUUUGCCCUCACUCCUUCUGUAAGGAUCACGAGAAGGGAGCCCUCAUGGCCUCUGCCUUGGAUGGCCGCCUCUGCUGCUCUGCACAUGACCCCACAUCUCCUGUGGCCCCUGAGUACUGGAGCAGGAUCAAAUGCAAAUUGGAACCCCAGAGCCCCAGGGAAGAAGCAAAGGAAUAAGUUGGUUUAGGGGGGAAAAAAAAAAGUGGCAAACAAGUGAUGAACUUGAAGAGACUGCUCUGACACAUUCAGUCCUCCUCAGUGGAGCUGCCUUGGCACUGGGGAAGGGACCAUCUCAUCUUGGCAGACAGAAGCAGUCAGUGGUGUCCAGUUUUUAUUGUUUGUCCUUUACUUUACCCUUGAAUGUGCUAUAGCAGCUCUUACUGUUGGAAAACAAAUGUGUUGGCCUUCUUGGGUGGGGAAAGGGGGAGAGGAACAAAAAAGCUAAACUUUGGAUGGUAAAAAGAAUAUUAUGUUAGGAAGAUGUUCUUGGAGUGUAGAAAGCAAAACAUAGCAGGAUAUUUAUUUAUUUAAUUUUAAAGGAUGUUGAGGGUUCUGGUCCUGGUAAGCCAGCCUGUCUUUUUAAAAAACGAAAAACAAAGAAAAAAAAGAAUUGAGUAGCAAACCCAAGCUGGUGUAACUUUUUAUGUCUAGUUUCUAAAACGAGAAAAUAAACCCUCCACAUUCCACACACAACUUAAAAAUCAUGCCAGAAAGAUGUGGAUUUCAGACCAGUGGACAAUGAGAUGCUUUCAUUUCAGUAGUGUUUACCUUAAAAGGCAUUUUGAGAAGGUAGGUUGCAUAUCAUCAUGUUUAACUUGUUGUUCAGAAUAAUGCUGUAAUGGAAAUUAGAAGUAUGAUCCUCUUGCCUCUUGGAAGUGCCCUCUGUUGUCACUAGAUUUUUUUUUUAAUAGAAAAGUGGAGAAAGAAUAGUCCCCUUAUUAGUUGAUUGGGCGAUAUCCACGGACAAAGGAAAUGGAGACAGAAUACAAUUGUGCAAUGGCUGUUUCUCCACCUC